AUGACCGCGGUGUUGGAGAACCCGAGCGGUUGGUCGUUGGAGGGACAUGCAGACAGCGUACCCGCCUGUGGCCCCCGUUCCGCUGCCAAGCACCUCGCCCUACGCAGUCGUCUCAUCCAGCUGCUCGGCUGCGUGGAGGACCUCGGCCCUGACAGCAGAGUCCGCGAGGCCGUGUCUCACACCCUCGACAAGGUCUUCCUGCUCCGAGGUCAGAGGAGCGGCUACGACAGGAGGGAGCAGUUCAGGCUACAUGUGGUUACAUGGAAUGUGGGUAAAGAGGAUCCUCCAAGUGACAUAAGCUCCCUACUUCAACUGAACUCACACAGGGCAGCAGACCUCUAUGUCAUUGGCCUGCAGGAGGUGAACUCCACCCCUCUGAGGUUGAUUAAGGACCUGGCCUUGGAGGACCCCUGGAGUCACACCCUCAUGGCUACCCUGUCAACACAUGGCUACGUGAAGAUGUCCUCCAUUCGCAUGCAGGGGCUCCUCUUGCUCGUCUUCAGCCAUCAGGCACACGUCCCCUUCAUUCGAGACAUCCAGGCAACCUUCACUCGUACAGGCAUCUUCGGUUAUUGGGGCAAUAAGGGAGGGGUGUCUGUUCGUCUGUCCUUCUACGGCCACACACUCUGCUUCCUGAACUGUCACCUGGCGGCCCACAUGAAGAACGCCAUACAGCGUGUUGAUGAGUUCGAGUACAUCCUGGACUCGCAGUCCUUCAGCGUGGACAACACGCCGCGCGUCCUUGACCAUGAGGUUGUGUUUUGGUUCGGAGAUCUAAACUUUUGCAUAGUGGACCACAGUGUGAACUCCCUGUGCUCUGCCAUCAACAAGAACCACUACAGCCAGCUGUGGGAGAAGGACCAGCUGAUGAUAAUGAAGAAGGAGGAGGUUUUCCUGCAGGAGUUUCAAGAGGGACCCCUGCAAUUUAAACCCACCUACAAAUUUGACCUGUUUUCUGAGAACUAUGACACCAGUGACAAGAGCAGGAAGCCAGCUUGGACCGAUAGAAUCCUUUGGAGGGUGAAGCCCAAAGCCUCCACCCAAAAGGAUGAGAAGAGUAAGGAGUUUGGGCAGGAGGGGAAUCAGAAAGAGUAUGUGAAGAACGAGGAAGAAUUUAAUGUGGUGGUGAAGCAGGAUACUUAUACUAGUAAUAUGGAGUAUGGCAUCAGCGAACAUAAGCCCGUCAUCAGCACCUUUAGUUUAGAGCUGAAGAAGAAGUAUGAGGUCCCGCUGGUCCAGGUGGGUGCAGAGGGGGAGUGGAGCGCAGAUUUUGAUGCCAUGGCAACCUACAGCACCCUGCAGCCCUUUCCCUUCAGCACCUGGGACUGGAUUGGCCUCUACAAGGUUGGAUUCAGAAAUGCCUCAGACUAUAUCACCUACACCUGGGUAAAGAAUGAUGAGAAUUCUUUCAGCAAUGAGGUCACACAGGUUUAUAUGAGCAAGGAGGAGAUCCCAGUUCAUGGUGGGGAGUGUGUGCUUUGUUACUACAGCAGAAACAUGCAGUGUAUUGUGGGCAUUAGUUCUCCCUUUAAGGUGCAUGAGUCAAAGGCAGCCAUUGAAGAGGGGUUAGUACCUGAGAACAUCAGUUGUUUGGACAAAGUUACUGCCAGCUAA